AACAGCUCCACUGUUGAUGCACAGCAAGAGAGCCACACUGAGAAGGACUUUUUCUUGAGACUCGAAGGAAGUCAAACUUGGUCGUUGGAUUUGAAAACCAGUUGAAGAAAAUCUCCGAGAUGAAGUACUACCAGUGCCCCGCACCCCAGACCAGACCAGACAUGGGAGUCGACGCCUACCCCGAGGACUGCAGCGUCCCAGUCACCUGCAGGAUCUCCGCUUCCCUGAAGCCGGUCCGGAGCGUCCACUUCCCCAACGACAUCGUCUUCCAGGACUACGUUCGCCAUGGCGAGCUGGAGAGGAUAGGACGCUUCAUCCGAGCCAGUAGAGUCAAACUGGACACCAUUUACCACUCUGGCAUGGCUGCCGUCCACGAGGCCGUCCUGUCGGGGAACCUGGAGUGUGUGAAGCUGCUGGUUCACUACGGGGCUGACAUCCACCAGAGGGACGAGGAGGGAUGGACUCCGCUGCACAUGGCCUGCAGCGACAGCUUCCCACACAUUGCACGCUACCUGCUCUCGCUGGGCGCCGACCCCGAGCUGGAGAAUGACUGCGGGGAGAAGCCGGCCGACCUCAUCGAGCCGGACAACAAGGAGCUGCUGGAGAUCUUCGGGCUGGCGGACAACGACUGAGAACGCCCGCCGCCUAAAGCACCAAGCUCAUCUUGAAUGCUGCUGCACAGUCGUCGGACUGCUCUGCAGGAACGUGCAGGAAAGGCCACAUCAAGUCCAGGAUCCUGACUUUGCGCUGUGCAGGUCAAGGACUGUGGAUGUCUGGUGGACGGAGGACCGCCUUCUGAGGGAGUGUUUGAUGGUCAGGGCUGGUUUCCUGUCAGCGCCUCGGAUCUUCUUACACUGAUGUGACCUGAGUGGUUGUAUUUGGCUGGACUCAUGGGGGCUUCUGGAUGUUGUGAAACCUGAAGCUGUUGCUGCUGCUCGGCUAAUUAGCACCUCUCACAGCUUUGUAUGCUAAAAUUAGCGAAAGCAAACAGGCGUGGGCUGACUGCCUUAAUAGCAGAUUUGUUCACCGUUUUAAAUUCAGCUGCUAAUCGUUGCCUUUUAAUCAUUUUGAGAGUUAAUUGUAUUUUUUUGUUUGUAUAUGAUUUUUUUAUACUUUUCUUUUAAAAUAAAGU